AGAACACGGCGUUGGAGAUAUUACCGGUGUGAGGGAGAACGACCGACGUCUGGAGUGCCUCUGCAAAUCACUGAGAAUUUCAUUUGACAACGUCGGCGUCUCUAGGGGUUUUGAUCGAAAUCCCUACGAGGGGAAGUGGUACCAUUAGCAUUGAGCUUCAUUCCCUAGAGCUUUCUGCAAAAGCUAGUGUUGCCAGUGUGAAAGCGUAUCCUGUUGUCAUGAUUUUUUGACUCCAGCUCAUAGCAUUCUUGCCUUUCGUAGAAUAUACAUAAUGGGUUUACCAAAAUUUACACGCCCUAAGGGAGGCCAUGACGAGUUAAGUUCUAACCUUUAUGUCGCUAACUGCGGUCCAGCUGUUGGACUUACUUUAGCUUCUAUUGCAUCAGCAUUCAGCUCGUAUGGAAUCGUUAAAGGAGUAUAUCCUGCUGAUGAGAGUGGCUGCCGUGUUAUCGUCUCUUACCAUGAUGAGAGUUCUGCUCAAGCAGCACUUGAGGCAUUGAACCGACAUCCAUGUCCUGAUCUUGGAGGUCGUUCUUUGCACAUUUGCUAUUCUGUACAACGACCACUAUGCCAGGCUGUAGCUACCGAUUCAGUUCAGGUUUCUUUAGGAGCAUCAGAAUUGAAUAUUCCUGGCAUCUACUUGAUUCAUGACUUUGUUUCAGCUCAAGAAGAGGAGCAACUGCUUGCUGCAGUUGAUGCUAGGCCUUGGCAUAGUCUUGCAAAGAGAAGGGUUCAACACUAUGGUUACGAGUUCUGCUAUGAUAUAAGAAAUGUUAACACACAACAGCAACUGGGUGAUCUUCCAUCAUUUGUUGCCUGCAUACUUGAAAAAGUCCCUCUGUUUAAGAAGCUUGAUGAGGCUGCAGAUGUAUCAUUAGACCAGUUGACGGUUAAUGAAUACCCAGCAGGUGUGGGUUUAUCCCCACAUAUAGAUACCCAUUCAGCAUUUGAGGGCUCAAUUUACAGCCUUUCGUUAUCAGGACCUUGCAUUAUGGAGUUCCGAGGGUACUCAGACAUCAGUAGUGCUUCUGUUAGUGAUAGAGAUACAGAGAGUUCUGAUAAUACCUCAAGUUUUGUAAGGAGGGCCAUUUAUCUUCCCCCUCGAUCAAUGCUCUUGCUUUCAGGAGAGGGAAGAUAUGCUUGGCAGCACUAUAUUCCACACCAUAAGGUUGAUAUGGUGAAGGACACUAUGAUUAGAAGGGGUUCAAAAAGAGUAUCCUUCACAUUUCGAAAGGUCAGAAAAGGACCAUGCCAAUGCAGUUAUCCUCGGUUCUGCAACUCUCGAGGUAAAACAAGAGAUUGAUUGUUCAUCUUCUUCUUCUUCAGAUCAAGGAUCAAUCCCUUCCGGGAUUUGUGCAAAGGCGGAAUCGUCGUUUUUAUAAACAUUAUCCUCCUCGUUGGAUGUUAACGUUACUUGGCAUUAUGACUACUGUGGAUUUUUCUGACUGUUAUCUUCAGGACCACAUGAGAUUAGUUGAGUUGCAUGCAAGCUGGUCCGGACACCGACGGUUACCAAAAAACUAGGCAUAAAAUAUUUUGUUGGUGUCUAGACCGUUAACACUUAGCCGCAGACUCUAAGAAUAUGCUAGGUUUUAGGUUUAAAUUUGACAUGGGUAGUUUAGUAAUUUAUCAAUUUUGUCUCAUUUAGUUAUGCCAUGGCUUAGGGGUUGUUUACCAAAGUUUUUGAUCAAGUGCUGGUUGAGGUAAGAGGUAAGUGCUGACUGAAUGUGUUGUUUACCAAAAUGUUUUAUUUCAUGUGCUGACUUGGUAAAAAUUGACAAUUAUACCC